AUGCCCAUCGACCAGGCGGUGAUCGAGAAGCUGGCCAAGUACGUGGCGCAGGCGAACGACCAGAUGGAGGCCGCCGUGCGCGAGCGCCAGCGCGGCAACCCUCAGUUCGCCUUCCUGUUCGGUGGCGAGGGCGCCAAGUACUACCGAGAGUGCCUCCAGCGGUUCAGAAUGGAAGCGGCGGGGAGCGGCGCGGGCGACAAGCCGCCCCCGGAGAAGAGCUCGCUCGGUGGUGGCGGCUGGGGACCGCCGUCAGGGCACGCGUCGAACGGCGCAUCAG